AGACAGCAAAUCUCUCCCUUCAGGUGUCAGUGUUUGGACAGUAGAGGUAAUGUAAUAUGGUGAGAAGGUCAGGCUGGUCUAGUCUAGGGUUCACCUCUAGGGCACCACCUUCCAGAGUGGAGAGAUUUGUGGAUCCUACCAGAAUGAUGGCUGUGUCAUGUGGUAUUCUGGGGCCAUGAGAGGAUAUUUGAAAGAAGUUUGGUAUCACACUUGGAUGCCUGGUUAACCUUUUAACCUUGUUUACUGCAAACAUGCCUGAGAGCUUUUCCUCUAGUGUUGCUGAUCCAGACCUAGCCAGGCAUGACGCUACUUUCCCUGAAACCCAGUCCGCUGAAGUGGGCGUGUGUCCGAGGGUGAGUUCUGGGAAUGCUUGAAAAGAUUGAUUUAUUCAAUCUAUCUCUGACCAUACAGGUUAAAUGAAUAACACUAUGCUUUGGGAGCAUAGGCGGUGAAAAAGGAAAUCGGGUGGAGAUGAGUCAUGUUCCUGUUCUUCAGGUCGGGGUAAAGCAUGUGAUCAUGUGACCCCUUAUUGACAGUGUUUGGUCCGCGACAUUAGCAGUCCAGUCCCGGAGUCGCAUGCAGAUGCAGUAGGACAGGCAGCAGAACAGGAAGACUACCUGUUGACAGUGGAGCUUCUACAACGCGACGACACGUCUCCUUUUGUGACGUGGUCUUCCUCCAGGGGUCCCCGGUCAUGGCGUCACGACCCCGUGCGUUCUCCCAGCCCGGGAAGCCCUCCUUCCUCCUGAGCCCCCAGGUGGGCCUGGCUCUGCGUCCGCGCGCCGUCUCCUCCAACUCCAGCUCCAUGCUGGAGGAGGAGCUCUCCUGCCCCGUGUGCUGCGAGGUCUUCCGGGAGCCCGUGGUGCUCAAGUGCAGCCACAGCUUCUGCCGGGCGUGCCUGCAGCAGUUCUGGAACAAGAAAAAGGCCCGGCGCGAGUGUCCCGUGUGCCGGACCAAGUGCUCCCUGACGGAGCCCACGGUGAGCCUGGCGCUGAAGAACGUGGCGGACACCUUCCUGAGGGAGCGGCAGCUGAAGGGGGGGCUCUCGGCUGGGGCCGGGGGACGAGGGGAAGGGAGCGCGGAGGAGGAGCACUGCCUCGCGCACGGGGAGAUUCUCAAGCUGUUCUGUCUGGACGACGGCGAGGUGCUGUGCUGCGUGUGUCACACGUCCAAGAAGCACCAGGGCCACCGGGUGUGUCCCCUGGAGGAGGGAGCACAGGACCUCAAGAAAGAGCUCAAGGAAGAGGUGACGCCUUUGAAGAAAAGCCUCCGCCGCCUCUAUGAAGCCAAGCAGGAGUGCGAUGACACAACGGUGCACAUCAAGAGCCAGACCCAGCAGACGGAGAUGCAGGUGAAGGGGGAGUUCGAGGUGCUGCGCCUGUUCCUGCAGAGGGAGGAGGAGGGCCGGCUGGCGGCGCUGCGGGAGGAAGAGGAGGAGAAGAAACUGCUGCUGAGGAAGAAGACGGAGAACAUCACCCGAGACAUCCUCGUCCUCUCCCAGGCGGUCAUCGCGAUCGAGAACGAGAUCGCGUCGAGCGACGCUCUCUUCCUGCAGAACUACAAGAAUACAAAGCAGAGAGUUCAGAUCUCUCAACAGGACCCUGGGAAGGUUUCGGGUGCUCUGAUCAACGUAGCCAAACACGUCAGCUCUGUCAGAUUCCAGGUCUGGGAAAAAAUGCUCGACCUGGUGUCCUACACCCCGGUAACCUUAGACCCCAACACGGCCUACUCCUGGCUGUCUCUGUCUGCGGACCUGACCGGCGUGACUAACAGCGGCGCCGUGCAGAAGCUGCCCAACAACCCGGAGCGCUUCGACCAUUUUGUCUUUGUGCUGGGCUCCGAAGGCUUCACCUGCGGACGCCAUGCCUGGGAGGUGGAGGUGGGCGGCAAGCCGGACUGGAUGCUGGGCGUGGUCAAGGAGUCCAUCAACAGGAAGGGCCGCAUCUCCGGCUGCCCCGAGGGCGGCUUCUGGAUGAUCUCCCACUGCGAGGGGGAGUAUGCGGCCAUGACCCGACCCAGCACCCCUCUGCAGCCGGGCCCAAACCUGCACCGGGUCAGGGUGCAGCUGGACUACGACUCUGGGGAGGUGACGUUCUCCAAUCCCGUAACCAUGGCACCUAUCUAUACCUUCAACGACUUCUUCACUGAGAAGAUGUUCCCCUUUUUCUGUCCCGGGGCCAACAUCAAUGGCAACAACCCUGGCCCCCUUAAGAUCUGCCCAGUCAAAGUGGCAGUGUGGAACAGCUCCACCUGGUGAUGUUAAGUACUCAACUGUGUCAUUUAAGGUCUGGGACACCGACCAAGGAAGUCUGUUUGGUGUAAAAAAUAUAUAUAAACUGACAAGCUGUAAUGAAAAGACGCAUUUCAUAUUUAAUGGUCCACUUUUCAUUUUGGGGCCUUUAUCUUUAGUAAUCAGUUUUGUUGAGAAUUGUGAUAUUGUUUCUUUCCUUUAUCAUGAUCUAAAUAUUUUACCAAAAUGUGUUUAUUGGGUAAAGAAUAUCAGAAUUAAUAAUCAGGAAAUAAAACAAAACUGAA